AGGACGGGUGGCCAAUUUUGAAACGGAUGCAAACGAGAAACGGAAAAAUAUGGACGUUUGUGGCAAAAGUCGGGUGUAGUUUUGUUGCCCUGUAAACGAUGGCACUGCAUUCUUUUGCAUAAAACAUUAACAAAAACUCCAUUUUCACGGCCAGUGUAAAAAGCAUCACCUUUGCCUUCAACGCAUCUGUCAACGGUGCAAUUUUCUGUAUCUGUUUUUUUGUCGUACCAGCCGGAGCGUUGUUGGAUCAAAUCUGCAGCAAAGGAAACAGGGAUUUUCGAGUGAACGUGCCGUCUUCUUGCACAAUGAACCGGUUGGACAACGCCGAACGUACGCCGCGAAAGGGAAGCGUUACGAUGGACGAAGAAGCGGCAGCCGCCCUUCGAGCAACAGUCACCAAGUCUGGCCGGAAGAUAAAACGACCGCUUCAUCUGGCGUCGCCGGAUCUCACCCUAUCCGAGGGGGGGCGCGGAUCGCCGGCCAAGUCGAUCACCGGCCGUAAAUCGACGAAAGCUAGCGUCAGCGAUGAGCGCGAAAAGGAUGCUCCCGGGACGUCGAAUAAGCAACCGGUGUCGUCCGCUGAACAAACGAUGAAAGAAAAAUCAUCGUCACGGAAAACCGUUACCAGGAAAACCCUCACAUCCGGCAUCUCCGAAGUGACAACACCGAAAAAGGGAAACGAGAUGCCGAACGCAGAGGAAAGUGGAGUGUCGAAGUCCGGUCGCAAGGUGAAGGUGCCCGCCAAAUUGAUGGAUUACGAAAGCAGUUUGGUCGGUAGUCCCCGGAAAGGUGGUGCAGCAUCGGCCACCGGCGUGAGUGACGCUGCCAAAACUCCAGCCCGUGCCGUUCGAUCGGCCAAGAAGCUGGCAUUGGAAUCAUCUACGAAUAAGGGCAUUGUGGAGCGGGCAAUGGACAGAAAAACGAAUGCGUCGGAUGUUACUGCUACUGAAACCACACCGACCAAAUCUCGUGGUCGUCGGGCGCGAUCAGUGGCCCCAGCCAAACCGGUAGCGGAUGAACCUUUAUCUGAGGAAGAGCGUCUUCUUAAGGCGACUCGCACUCCCGGUCGCAGGUUGAUGGGCAUUUCGAUGAUAGAUAUUGGAUCAACACUAGCAUCGCAACAAACUAAACAACGUAAACGGGCCACAGUCGUGGAGACAAAAGGGAGCGAGAACGUAGAGCCAGUGUCUAAAACUAAUGUUGCAAAGAAAUCUAGGAGAAAGACAACAACAGCCACGGAGACAGAGGUUUCUGAUGUGCUCUCCAAAACAUCUGAAUCGGAUGAAGGUAGCACUAAUGGGGAAGCUGAAAACAAAGUAAUAACCACCGAACGGGGGGAAACAAUUCAAGCAACCCAAUCUGGAACUCCACGUGCUGGUGCCCAAGAAUCGAACGUACAGGAAGCCCAGAAGGAACUGACCGAAACUGAAAGCCUUACAGCUGACGUUCAGCAAUCCAGCAAGAAAACACCUCGUCAACGAGUGCCAACUAUUGUGGUAUCGGAAGUUUCAGCCACUUGCUCGCCCGUAUCAGCUUCUCCGGAAGGUCAAGGGUUUUCGCGUUCCGGUCGUAAGAUAAAACCAAAGAAAAUAUUCGGCGCGGAGGAUGGUGAUGGUGACAAGUCGAUUACCAUGGCAACCGUUGCUCCUAUCGAUACUCCGGCCAAUUCGUUCGUCACCCGCAGAACCAUAGAUGACCAUCAUCAUGCUGCUAGAGCAAAGCCGGUACCAUCCGAGGAACCGAUUGAUGAACUGGAUUGUGCCGUUCCGCUGAUUGGUGCCACCGUUUCUGCGGUCGAUGAAUCGAUUGAUGUGCCAUCAACCAGCAGUCGGUCGGGCCGUGUAAUCAAACCGAAAAAGUUUUUCGAUGACGGCAGCUUUACCGAGAAAAAAAAGUCGCUAGACGUUUCGCCGUCCCGGCGUCGUCCGAUGGGGGAGGAGGUUUCGGAAGCUGUGGGUAAAAUGAGGGCAAAGCAAUCGCCAAUAGUAUCCAAAAAAUCUUUCAUCGUAAUUCCUGACACUCCGGUCCCUGGUGAAGUGGAAAACGUAAAUGUGCCUUCCUUAGAAGAAUCUAUUUCAUCGGAAAAUCUGCAAGACGAGAAUCAGAUUGUCGAUGUUAUUCUACCGAAUUCUGAACCGCAAUUGCUGUCGGCUGCAGAUGAUCCUGUGGAAGAAUGUGCCCAGUCUGAUCCUGCAGAAGCAAAUGAAGAUGUCCUGCGCCCUGAAGAUGUUCAACCUGUCGAUGAGUUCGAAAGUAUUUCUUUGGAUGAUACAAAACCGAUUGAAAAGCAAUCGCCCGUAGCGAUAGUCGGACCGUCAGAAUCUUCGAUCAUCAUAAUCCCUGAUACUCCAGCCACAGACGCAAUUCACGGUCGCCAGUUGAGUGAUACCUUUUCACCGGAAAAACCAACAUUACCGCACGAACGGAUACCUCAUAUUGUACCAGAGAUCCCGAUCUCCGAGACAUCUACCGUCGCCACAGACUCGCGCACUGUGGCCACACCGCGUACGCCCGAUAGUAAAACAAGUCAGGCGAAUGAGUGUUCGCCAGACAAGCCACCAGAAGUGAUUGAACUGUUAGACAGUCCGGCAAGCAUGGCCUUUAGUGAGCAGAUGAAAGGCGGUAACAGUACAUCCAGUACACCUUUGGUACUUUUUAAUGCUGGAGAAAACAAACCAGCUUCGGUUCGAAAACGGUCAAUGUCUACCAGCGCCGCAGAAGCCAAGAAGCGCAACGUUACGUUCCAUAGCCCAGCCAACGUCACAGUACUGGUGGACACAAUCGAUGAGCUCAUGCAAAAGAAGGUGGUUCGCCGGAAGCGCUCGCUGUCAGAACAUGCCCCAGGAGCCACGGUCGGGGCCGAUGAUGGCGUAAAACCGAAUAAGAUAAGCAAAAUUCCAAAUUUUAAAAGCAUUCACGAGAAAAACUUCAAACGCAUGGAAUCGAUCGGCGAUUUUAUGAAACGCAAGGAGAAACGCGCCCAAAUGAUUCUAACAGCGGCAAGCCCAGCCACAAAGAUUCUUGCGCAUGGUGUGACCGCUGCUACGACUACGGCAAUCGCCACAGCUCCGUCCAACACUAAACAUAACCAACCAACAAUCGUGAAGAAACCGGAACGAUUAUUUACUUUCAAGUCGGGUGGUAGUUCUGGUACGAGUGCGGCCACCACCAGCAGCCUGAUAAAUAAGGGUGAUUCGGUCUAUGAACCAACGGUUGCCGCGGCACUUUUCAAACGCGGACCAACAGCAAAAGCAUCAGCACUGAAAAGACCGAUCGGUACCCAUGAGCAACGUCUGGCGAAUCGGCAGAAGUUGUACAAAACGGCUGCACCCCUAGCGAAUGCCACCUCCGCCGGUGUCGUCGCCCCGUCGUCAACCGUGGCAGCAAGUGCACCUCAAGGAUCAACUACUAGUUCCACCACAGUUCGACCAGUUGAUCAGCUGCGUACGAAACAGUCGACCAUCCUGAAAGGCGUGCGAACAAACCGUCGUUUCGAGUUACAGAUGAAGCAUCGAGACAAUUUGCAGUAGCCGUGUGGACCGUGUUUACGACAUCAUUGACGAUUAUCACUUUAUUAUUGACGAACGACCGGUUUUCCGUUUAUUUUUUCAUUUAAUUUUAAUGUUAACAUGAUCGCGCUUGUAUAUUAACCCACUUUUGAGAGAUCCUGGGGAUCGAUUGAUGUAACAUUAUUCGCGUAUGCUACGUUUUUUUCUAUACUAACAACCGUUACUUGAUAUACUGCAAUAAACCAUUUAAGUUAGUCUUUUCCACGCGA